AUGGGAUGUAAGGCUAGAAUUAAUGCGGUAUUAAAUGUUGGAGGUGGAUAUACUAUAUCUAAGGUGAUAUUGGAUCACGUCCACGCCUGUAGUCCGGGGAAGGCAAGACAUUUUAGAUGCUUUAAGAAGGUUGAUGCUCGUGUUGCCAAGAGGCUUGAAAUAAAUGACGAGGCAGGUAUAAGGUUGUCCAAAAAUUUUAAGUCUUUGGUUGUUGAGGCGGGGGGUUAUGAGAAUUGCGCAUUCAGGGAGAAGGAGUGUCGAAACUACAUUGACAAAGCACGACGACUUCGCCUCGGGGUUGGAGGUGGUGUAACUCUAUGUAACUAUUUCGAAGAUAUGCAAAAAAGAAAUCCGGAGUUUUAUUAUAAGAUUGACGUUGACAAUGAAAUGCGGUUGAAGAAUGUGUUUUGGGCAGACGCUCGGAGUAGAGCUGUGUAUGAAUCAUUCGGGGAUGUUAUUACAUUUGAUACAACAUAUCUCACUAAUGCUUAUAAAAUGCCUUUUGCACCGUUUGUGGGUGUGAACCACCAUGGACAGUCAAUCCUACUCGGUUGCGGAUUGAUAUCCAAUGAGGACGCAGAUACAUUUGAGUGGUUGUUUCAGUCAUGGUUGCAGUAUCCCCUUGAUGUGAAAUGCAGUUGUAAGUUAUUUGAGUUUAGGGGUAUUUUGUGUAGACACGCUCUCCGUGUCUUAACUCAAAUGGGCCAACAUACAAUACCAUCAAAAUACAUCUUGGAUCGGUGGAGAAAAGAUAUUAAGCGAAAAUACACCUUCGUGAAAAGUAGUUAUGACACUACUAGCAUCGACGAUGCACGAAGGUACGAUAGGAUCCAAAAUUGUUUCUAUGAACUGUGUUCCAAUGCUUCAAAGGCUGAGAGCAGUUGUGUUAAAUUGAUUAGUCAGAUAGAACAGUUGAAAACACAGUACCCUGGUAUCGCUGAUCAUGACACUAGCAACACAGUUGAUACAGCUCCUUCGACGGAGGCUUCAACCCCUAGAGUUCUUAGUCCUUUGGUAGUUCGGAGUAAGGGAAGACCACCGUCUAAGAGAAAAGUGCACCCCGCUGAGAAGAGUAUUAAGAAAUCGAGUACGAAAAGGCGAUUGCACAACAACCAAGUUGAGCUUCAUUUUUAUUAA